AUGACAUCUUCGAUAAGCCCACUCCCCUCCGCAAUCCCCAAGACCAUUCCUCGACCCAAUGACUCCCAAUCAAGUCAGGGCCGAACGACAUCAAGCGAAAUCUCGCCAAAGCCAGAACCUGAGCUUCCCAGACCCAAAUUCCGUCUUCACCUGAACGAUCUGCGUCAUCCGGCUACGCUAUCGUUCAUAUCCCUGGUCCCCGAUGUUGCAUCAACCCUCGACACCGCGCUAAAAGCCAUCGUACGGCACCUCUAUACACCGCCCUCACUUUCGCCAAACGAGUCGAGCAACACCCCAGCCAAGAAAUGUCCCAGACCGUCCUUCACACCAUGUAUCCCUCCCACCCGCUCCGUGACAGUCCUCGUCCGCGAUAUCGGUGGAGUAGCGUACACCACCGGCAUAGAGCUCGAUGAUGACCAUAAGGAAAUCCACUUGUCCCUAUCAUACAUCAAGACCAGCGCGGAAAACAAUCCAGACCCUGCAGCCGAAAUCACCGGUGUCUUGACCCAUGAGCUGGUCCAUUGCUACCAGCAUACAGCGCCGAAGGGGGAUGAAAAUGCCUCUGUGCCUCGUCCUCCGGGUGGCUUGAUCGAAGGUAUUGCCGAUUUUGUUCGUCUGAAAGCGGGCCUUCAGCCUCCACAUUGGAAGCGACCAACAUCUGCUAAGGAACGACCGUCAAAGUGGGAUCAGGGCUAUCAACACACGGCGUACUUUCUGGCGUGGUUGGAGGAUGUGCGGGUCGGGAAAGGUGCUGUUGGUAUGCUGAACGACAGAUUGCUGAGGAUCGGAUACGUAGGCGAGGAGUCGGAGUCUGGAAAUCAAGACAUACAGAGCUUCUGGAGGGGCCUGUUCGGGAAGGGCAUUUCGGAUCUCUGGGAAGAAUACGGCGAAUAUUUAGAUCGCUCUAGGAAUAGUGGUAACUGGGAGGACGAGAUCAUCAAUCCCGAGUAA